AUGGUCUCCACGAAGGAACAGUGGUUUAACCCUUCCGACAUGUUGGAUUUGACUGGUUCAGAUCAAAAUGACAUGCUUUAUAAUCAAACAAUGGAUGUGGGCAGCAAAUCAUCUCAAAAUGAAGCAAUGCCUUUGCCGGAUGAGUACUUCAACAAUUUUCUAUCUAGCAAUUAUGAAGAAGUUGAUGAAUUUUUAACUCAAGAGCUAAAAGAUCUGGAUAUUCCUAUGAUACCCGAAAGGACGAACUACGCUAGCGCAGACGAAGACUUGAUGAAUUACAAUUUGAUGUGGCAGGAGAACAAUGAAGAUGGAGACACUCCAAGAAAAAUGCACAAGCGUGGACCGAGUGGAACAGCCAUCUUUGGUUUCGCAAAUCAUAACAAACAGCUAAGCAUUUCAAAGAUGGGCAUACCGCCAGCUCUUAAACCUUCGCAAUCGGACGGUGAAAACCGCGCUUCAGUUCUUGACCUGGAGUGUGCCAGUUUGAGCAAAGAUACAGCACCCAAAAAUCAAAAUUUAAACUCACUUAUUUUGAAACAACAGGAGGAAUUAAGAUUGGCGCUAGAAAAGCAACAGGAGAUGAAUAAGAAACUGGAAGAACAGUUGAGACACAGUCAAAUACAGCAGCAGCAAUUGCAACUGGCUUUACAAGAACAAGAAGUUGUAACUCAUCAUUUAUCAGCUAAUGGUUCUCCCGUCAAAACUCCGUCGUCGAAGGCUUCUCAACUUGAAGAUCGCAAUAUUAUAGUGACCUCAAACAGUAUGACUGGAAGUUAUCAGUUUCCACCUCCAUCUAUGUCAAGAAGUUCCAAUGGUAUAAUUUCGCCAAUUUCAGGUACUUCCAUCAAUGGCUCACCACCUCGAAGAAGUCAAAAAUCCAGAGCGCAAAUGAUUAAUGCACAUGGAGCAGUGAAUAUGAUGAGUUUAGACGUUCAUAAUGUUUCGAGCCCAACUCAUUUUGAAAGUUCAGCCUCUUUAGAGGGGAACAUUUCCCUAGAAGCAAUUCAAAAGAUGUCAAGGUAUUUUGAAGGCCUUAACGAUCAAAUUUCCGGUGGAGAAUCUGCAAAACAGAAUAUCAUAAGAAAGGGUUUCCGGAAUAGCCCAAUUACACCUCAGCAGCAGAUAGUUGCAGGUCAUAACUCAUCUUCCUCAUCACCAGAGAUACGAAAGCAUGUGACUAAAGACUCGAUUUCUUCGAGUGCAUCAACCAUCCCACAAUUUCACGACGAUGAUGGAAGUGAUACCGAGUCAAAUCGAUAUCAAAAGGUUGUUGGAUUAGGGAUUCAGUUCCGCAAUGAUAGCAGCAGGCCGAAAUAUACACUUAACAAGCCACCGCAUUUAGAUCUUCUUCCCACAAUACCCGGCUCCACAGAUAAUACCCCAGUUGGUAAAAAGACAAUACAAACAAUAAACUCAUCUACUUUUCCCCAGAAGCAUGUAUUUCAACAUACACCAACUAAGCCAAGUGCUAACGAUCAAGAGUGUUUCACUGAGACGUCAAAACCUGUGCAAAACAUAUUUGGAACACUCAAAACAGAUUUGAGAGCUCCUUUACUACAGGCUGAGGAUGAUGAAGAUGAUCCAGAAAGUGAAUUUAUUCAAGCACAAACGCCAUCUCCGAUUCUAAAAUCUCAGGGAGCUUUCGAUGGCUUGUCACCAUCGAUGGAGUUGCACCAUUUGAGUCCUAUGAAAAUUACGAGAAAACCAACAACAUUACCGCCAGGAGAAAUAGAUAAGUACGUCAAAGAACUUCCGGACAAAACUUUUGAAUGUUUAUAUCCUCAGUGUGGCAAAAACUUUAAAAGGCGAUAUAACAUCAGAUCUCAUAUUCAAACUCAUCUGGAAGAUCGACCUUACAUUUGUGAUUUUGAUGGAUGUAAUAAAGCCUUUGUAAGGAAUCACGAUUUAAUCAGGCACAAAAAAACACACGCUGAGAAAUGUUACGUCUGUCCAUGUGGUAAAAAGUUCGUUCGCGAAGACGCAUUAUUGGUUCAUAGGACUAGAAUGAUUUGCAUUGGGGGUAAGAAAUUUGAUAAUGUUGUAAUUAAAAAGUCCCCUAGGAAACGCGGCCGGCCAAGAAAGGAUGGUACUUUAAGUGUUAGUAGCAGUCCUAUAAAAGAGACCAUCGCCCGGGAUAAUGAUGGAACCGUCGCAUUAAAAAUGGAGGAACAGCUCCGAAAGGAGUUGAUCGAGCACGGUUUGCUCAAUCCCCCGUCUAACACAGUGAACUCGAUCGAACGGGAACGGCUUCAUGUAGUAUGA